UUCAAAUUUGGGCGACCCCUAUUUUGGCUUUGGUGAACAGGAUCUGAUCCCAAGGACUGUUACCGAUUUCUUUUGUGCAGAGAAAGUGUGAGAAACGCAAUCAUGCCUUUCGGAAACACCCACAACAACUUCAAGAUGAACUUCUCAGCUGAUGAGGAGUUCCCUGACCUCUCCCAGCACAACAACCACAUGGCCAAAGCACUGACCAAGGAAAUCUACGCCAAGCUCAGGGACAAGCAGACCCCCAGCGGCUACACCCUGGAUGACGUCAUCCAGACCGGAGUGGACAACCCAGGCCAUCCCUUCAUCAUGACUGUGGGCUGUGUGGCUGGUGAUGAGGAGUCCUACGAGCUCUUCAAGGAUCUGCUGGACCCCGUCAUCGCUGACCGUCACGGUGGCUACAAGCCAACUGACAAGCACAAGACCGACCUGAACUUCGAGAACCUGAAGGGUGGUGAUGACCUGGACCCCAACUACGUUCUGAGCAGCCGCGUCCGCACUGGCCGUAGCAUCAAGGGAUACACCCUGCCCCCCCACAACAGCCGUGGCGAGCGCAGAGCUGUUGAGAGGCUGUCCAUCGAGGCUCUGAACAGCCUGGACGGAGAGUUCAAGGGCAAGUACUACCCCCUGAAGAGCAUGACUGACAAGGAGCAGGAGCAGCUGAUCGCUGACCACUUCCUGUUUGACAAGCCCGUGUCCCCCCUGCUGCUGGCUGCUGGCAUGGCCCGCGACUGGCCCGAUGCAAGAGGCAUCUGGCACAACGACAACAAGACCUUCCUGGUCUGGGUGAACGAGGAGGAUCACCUGCGUGUCAUCUCCAUGCAGAAGGGAGGCAACAUGAAGGAGGUCUUCAGGCGCUUCUGCGUUGGCCUGCAGAAGAUUGAGGAGAUCUUCAAGAAGCACAACCACGGCUUCAUGUGGAACGAGCAUCUCGGCUACAUCCUGACCUGCCCCUCCAACCUGGGCACCGGCCUGCGCGGCGGUGUGCACGUCAAGCUGCCCAAGCUGAGCACACACGCCAAGUUUGAGGAGAUCCUCACCAGGCUGCGUCUGCAGAAGCGUGGCACAGGUGGUGUUGACACCGCAUCUGUGGGUGGUGUCUUCGACAUCUCCAACGCUGACCGUCUGGGCUCCUCUGAGGUCGAGCAGGUCCAGCUGGUGGUCGAUGGUGUGAAGCUGAUGGUUGACAUGGAGAAGAAGCUGGAGAAGGGAGAAGCCAUCGAUGGCAUGAUUCCCGCUCAGAAGUAAAGAGGGAGUUGCACUUUUUAUACGAUCAAAUAAGAAACCACGCCCGCCAACAUGCGAGCAGACUCUGGCCUUUCUAGAGACUCUUGACUCUGCUCCCCUCUUUCUUCCCUCUACUUCUGUCUCUCUUUUCUUUUUUUUUCUUAAUCUUUUUCCUUCCUUCCUUUUUUCCAUUCGUUUUUUCACGUUUCCUGUUCUGUUGGUGACAUCCUGGGAUCAAGCUUCCAUUGUCAGGCACUCCUGACAUCACCUAAAUUUGAAUUUUUUGGGUUGUAAAAAAUGAUCAGACAAUGAUUCAAUAAAAAAUGGCCCCAUGAAACAAUCAA